AUGGAAUUUUUGUGUGUAAAAUUUUUCUUUUAAAUCUAAUCCUGGGUAAGUAAAGUUAUCUUCAGAGACUGUUUAGAAAGAAGAAAUUAAUAGUAGCAUAGAUUGUGCAUUAGGUUUUAGCAAUAGUUUAUUACAUAAUAAUAGUAGUUCUUCUGGAAUGUUAUCAAGCAGCACCAGUUAAAUUCCAAUAGUAACUAAUUUUAUUAUCCUUACCAAAAUUUGCUCUCAGUUUUUACCAAAAUUUUCAAGUCUAUAGAAGGAUAGUGAGCGAAAACCUAUUAUUAUACCUUAUUAAGAUGAUCAUAAAUAAUUAUUCAAGUAAAAGAACAUAAAAAAUGUUUAUUAAUGCAAGAGAGAAAAUAAAUAUAGUCUUAAACAAUAUCCUAUGGCAAAGUUAAUUACUGAGCAUACUGACACAAUUAUUUGUUCAGAUAAUACAUGCAUGUUAGCAUCUUUCCAUGAAAAUAUGCAUAGAGUUGAUUAAGGAAUAUAUAAGAAAGGUUAAGCAUCCUAAGUGUACGUAGAAUGUUACGAAUAUUUGCCAACAAAGUAGAUCUAAUUCAGUGAUGCUCAAGACAUAAUAGAUGAACUUAAAAAAGAAAGAUAUGAACUAUUUAAUAAUAAUUGUUAGCAUAGUUCUAAUAAAAUAAUUCAAAAAUUAGAUCUUAAAUUUAAUGAUUUAAUAAAUUUAGAGAGAUUAUGA